CAGCAGCAGCAACAGCAGCAGCAGCAGCAGCAGCGCGAGGAGGAGACAGCAGCCAGCCGCAGUAGCCGCCGCAGCCGCGGGAGCAAUGCAGACAGCAUCUUGAGGACGCGCUAAAGCACUCCAAACGGUGGACAAUGCCCUGUCACUGCAAUUGGGAGGGGGGCAAAGCAGAUUUUUUUUGACAUAAAAGCCAGCCAGCCAAAAAUAUAUACAUUUGUCCUUCACGGAGCCGGUGUGUAAAGAGUGAGCGCUGUUUUCCUUCGCCUCCUCCUCUCCUCUCCUCUCCCUCCCCCUCCUCCUCCUCUUUUUCCUCCUCCUCCUCCCCCUCCUCCUCCUCCUCCUCCCUAAGUGUACAGACAGCAUCACAUCACCUGGUUUGCUUCGGAGAAACAGCAUCUCUCCUUUUCAGGGACCAGAGACUCAAAAAGAGGAGACAUUCGAAUGGAGUCUGCUUGAUACCCCAAAAUAAAAUAAUAAAUUUUGGCUCUUGUCCCCUCCUCCCACCCCACCCCCUCAACCCUGUGUGAGAUGUUGGGUUUCUUCUUCAUGAGACAUUGUUGAGAAGUCGCAGUGGUUGGAGAGCGUAGGGGGUAGACUACCUCUACGCCCCCCCCCUUUUUUCUCUCUGGGAGGAGGAGGAGGGGAAGGGGGCUUGCCGAGCAAGCGAUGGAUGAGGAAAACAUGACGAAAAGCGAGGAGCAGCAGCCUCUGAGUUUGCAAAAAGCCUUACAGCAGUGCGAGUUGGUCCAAAACAUGAUAGACCUGAGCAUCUCCAACCUGGAAGGGCUUAGGACCAAAUGUGCCACCUCCAACGACCUCACACAAAAAGAGAUCCGGACCCUGGAGAGCAAGCUGGUGAAGUACUUCAGCCGUCAGCUGUCCUGCAAAAAGAAGGUGGCCCUUCAGGAACGCAACGCUGAGCUGGACGGCUUCCCCCAGCUCCGCCACUGGUUCCGGAUCGUCGACGUGCGCAAGGAAGUCUUGGAGGAGAUCACCCCCGGCCAGCUGAGUCUGGAGGACCUCUUGGAGAUGACAGAGGAGCAGGUGUGUGAGACCGUGGAGAAAUACGGAGCCAACCGAGAGGAGUGCGCUCGUCUCAAUGCCUCCCUGACCUGCCUGCGGAAUGUCCACAUGUCAGGAGGCAACCUUUCCAAACAAGACUGGACCAUCCAGUGGCCCACCACGGAAACCGGGAAGGAGAACAAUCCCGUGUGCCCCCCGGAGCCCACCCCGUGGAUCCGCACCCACCUCUCCCAGAGCCCCAGGGUCCAGACCAAGUGCGUCCAGCACUACUGUCACGCCAGCCCCUCGCCCGGGGCCCCCGUGUACACCCACGUGGACAGGCUCACCGUGGACGCCUACCCGGGCCUGUGCCCGCCACCGCCGCUGGAGUCAGGCCACCGUUCCCUGCCCCCGUCUCCCCGGCAGCGGCACGCGGUGCGCACGCCGCCGCGCACGCCCAACAUCGUCACCACCGUGACCCCGCCCGGCACACCGCCCACGAGGAGGAAGAGCAAGCUGAAGCCCCCGGGGACCCCGCCGCCCUCCUCGCGGAAGCUGAUCCACUUGAUCCCGGGUUUCACGGCCCUGCAUCGAAGCAAGUCCCACGAGUUCCAGCUGGGUCACCGUGUGGAGGAGGCCCACACGCCCAAAGCCAAGAAGAAAAGCAAACCUUUGAACCUCAAGAUUCACAGCAGCGUGGGCAGCUGCGAGAAUAUUCCUUCGCAGCAACGCUCCCCCCUCCUGUCGGAGCGCUCCCUCCGCUCCUUCUUUGUGGGACAUGCGCCUUUCCUGCCCUCCACCCCUCCUGUCCACACCGAGGCCAACUUCUCCGCAAACACACUGUCCGUGCCACGCUGGUCCCCACAGAUCCCUCGCAGAGACCUCGGCAACUCCAUCAAGCACAGGUUUUCCACCAAGUACUGGAUGUCUCAGACGUGCACAGUCUGUGGGAAAGGAAUGCUUUUCGGCCUCAAGUGUAAAAAUUGCAAGUUAAAGUGCCACAACAAAUGCACCAAAGAAGCCCCUCCCUGUCAUCUCCUGAUCAUCCACCGAGGAGAUCCAGCAAGGUUAGUCCGAACAGAGUCCGUCCCGUGUGACAUCAACAACCCUCUACGAAAGCCACCCCGGUAUUCGGACCUGCACAUCAGCCAGACGCUCCCCAAAACCAACAAAAUCAGCAAGGACCACAUCCCUGUCCCUUACCAGCCAGACUCCAGCAGCAAUCCCUCAUCUACAACAUCCUCCACGCCUUCCUCGCCAGCACCGCCCCUCCCUCCCAGCGCCACGCCGCCUUCUCCCCUGCACCCUUCCCCACAGUGCACGAGGCAGCAGAAGAACUUCAACCUGCCAGCGUCCCACUACUACAAAUUCAAGCAGCAGUUCAUCUUCCCAGAUGUGGUGCCGGAGACGCCGACCCGGGCGCCCCAGGUCAUCCUGCAUCCAGUGACCUCUAAUCCAAUCUUGGAAGGAAAUCCAUUACUUCAAAUUGAAGUGGAGCCAACUUCAGAGAAUGAAGAGGGCCACGAUGAGGCUGAGGAGUCAGAGGACGACUUCGAGGAGAUGAACCUGUCCCUGCUCUCAGCCCGGAGCUUUCCGCGCAAGGCCAGCCAGACCAGCAUCUUCCUGCAGGAGUGGGACAUCCCUUUUGAGCAGCUGGAGAUCGGCGAGCUCAUCGGCAAGGGCCGCUUCGGGCAGGUGUACCACGGCCGCUGGCACGGGGAGGUGGCCAUCCGGCUGAUCGACAUCGAGAGGGAUAACGAGGAGCAGUUAAAGGCCUUCAAGCGGGAGGUGAUGGCCUACAGGCAGACGCGGCACGAGAACGUGGUACUCUUCAUGGGCGCCUGUAUGAGCCCGCCCCACCUGGCCAUCAUCACCAGCCUGUGUAAGGGACGGACGCUCUAUUCUGUGGUGCGGGACGCCAAAAUCGUCUUGGAUGUCAACAAAACGAGGCAGAUUGCCCAAGAAAUUGUGAAGGGCAUGGGCUACCUCCACGCCAAGGGGAUCCUUCACAAGGACCUCAAGUCAAAGAAUGUCUUCUAUGACAACGGCAAAGUGGUGAUCACAGACUUUGGGCUCUUCAGCAUUUCCGGGGUGCUGCAGGCUGGCAGGCGGGAGGACAAGCUACGCAUCCAGAACGGCUGGCUCUGCCACCUGGCACCAGAGAUCAUCCGCCAGCUGUCUCCCGACACAGAAGAGGACAAGCUCCCCUUCUCCAAGCACUCAGAUGUCUUUGCACUAGGCACAAUAUGGUAUGAACUCCAUGCCAGGGAGUGGCCUUUCAAGACUCAACCAGCAGAGGCAAUAAUCUGGCAAAUGGGCACAGGCAUGAAACCCAACCUCAGCCAGAUUGGCAUGGGAAAAGAAAUCUCGGACAUUCUUCUCUUUUGCUGGGCCUUUGAACAAGAAGAAAGACCUACCUUCACUAAGCUCAUGGACAUGCUGGAGAAACUGCCAAAGCGAAACCGCCGCCUGUCUCACCCCGGGCAUUUCUGGAAGUCUGCAGAGCUGUGACCAUUGGACAAAGGGACAGCACUCAGCUGCCUCAGCCCCCGAGCCACCUCUCCUUCCCUGCUCUGCCCUCUGCCAGCUCAGGAGGCCAGAGGCUCACCAUCAGAGGGUACCGACCCCGGCCGGCCUGGGAGCACUGCACGACCAAGUUCGGCAGCUUCCCCACUCCCCAGACCUGUGCCCUUUUGCCCGGGCAGGGUUCGGGACCCCUGAGCUAGGACUUACCAGGACCAGCCAGGGAGAAGUGGGAUUGAUGCGUGAGGCCCAGAGACCGUGUCGAGAAGAGAACUGGAGGCUGUAGGUAGAGCCCCUGGGCCAUGGAGACGAGGGCAGGAGGCCCGCGUGGGCAGGCUUGCAGGACCGGUCUGUGUGUACAUGUGUGUCUCCGUGCGCGACACCGUUUGCUCUCGAUCCCUCGCGACAAGCAGGAGCG